AUGGAAACAGGCUUGCUUGUAGCGUAUCUUGCCUUGUGUAGUAUGGCGGUGGGGCCAAUAUACUAUGGGUCAUUUGCUUCGAUAAAGUGGCCAAAGAAAAAGAAAUCUAAAAAAGAACCACAACCCCCUGAAUCAGAUUCUUCGGACGAAGAAGAGACAAUCGAGUCAUUAUCAACUGAGGAUGCCUAUCUUUUCCCGGUUUUCGGCUCUAUAGUACUAUUUUCACUGUAUCUUAUCUUCAAAUUACUGGAUAAAGAUUACGUGAACUAUUUGGUCAAUGCAUAUUUCUCGUUUCUUGGGAUCAUCGCGUUGACCAGUUUGGGUGCUCAUAUGGUACGAAAUUUCUCCGGGAUCAAAGCAGACGCAUAUAAAUUUACUCUAACAAAAAAAUCCAAAGAAAUCUAUAGGGCAAGCUUCACCGUGAUACACAUUGGCGCGCUUAUCUUGUCGUUUUUCCUCACUGCGUAUUAUAUCGUAACAAAAAAUUGGAUUGCUUCAAAUCUGUUCGGUCUUGCUUUCGCUUUCAAUGGCAUAAAAAUGUUAUCGUUGGAUUCAUUCAAAACUGGGAUGAUCUUGUUGGGCGGCUUAUUUUUCUACGAUAUCUUCUGGGUGUUUGGUACUGAGGUGAUGGUCACAGUGGCGAAAAGUUUUGAUGCACCCAUAAAAGUGGUAUGGCCAAAAAAAAUUAUUGGCUUGGAAUCGGACGAAGCAUUACAAUUCACGAUGCUUGGAUUGGGUGAUAUUGUCGUUCCUGGAAUUUAUGUCGCGCUCUGUUUAAGAUUUGAUCAUAACCUAUAUUUGAAAAAAAACCCAACCGCCACUAAACACUCUUCAUUUCCAACCACAUACUUCAAUAGUUGUUUUGCGGCUUACAUCAUAGGUCUUAUAACCACUAUUGUCGUAAUGCACACUUUUAAAGCUGCCCAACCUGCAUUGCUAUACCUAUCCCCGGCUUGCAUUAUCUCUGUUCUAAUCACAGGUGUUAUAAGAGGAGAGCUCAAAGACAUAUUCAAAUAUUCUUCAGACGAUGAGAAUACUGAAGAGGAAGAAACCAAAGAUAAAUCAGUCGCAGAUGCGGUAACCGAGGAAGAAUAUGUGGAGGUGGAGUCAUCUGCAACAGCAACUGGCGGUGCAAAAAAUCGGAAAAAUAAAAAGAACACGAAAAAGAAGACUGGAUCUGAUAGAGCAUAA